AUUAUUUAUUUUUUAAACAAGAACCUCGAGAUUCUUAGCAGUUUUUCUGUAUAAAACUAGAGUUCUAUCCACCCUUGCCUCUCUAUUCCUUUCCUCUCUUUCUGGUGAAAAAGAGAGGACAAAAUGAAGAUGGUUAAGUGUUUUAUGAUUGUUUUGUUUCUGGGUUUUUGCCACGUGUCCUUGGCCGCACCAUUGGAGAAGAAGAACCAGAGAAAAACCUACAUAGUCCACAUGGCUAAAUCCGAGAUGCCAGCGAGUUUCCUGCACCAUACUCACUGGUAUGACUCGUCUCUGAAAUCAGUUUCUGACUCAGCUCAAAUGCUCUACACCUACGACAACGUCAUCCAUGGAUUCUCCACUCAGUUAACCAAUGAGGAAGCUCAACAACUCGAGAGCCAGGCAGGGAUCCUCGCAGUUUUACCUGAGUUAAGAUACGAGUUGCACACCACUCGGACACCUCAGUUUCUUGGACUCAGUAAAGCUGCUGAUUUGUUCCCCGAGUCUGACUCAGCGAGUGAAGUUAUUGUUGGUGUCUUGGAUACUGGGGUUUGGCCUGAAAGUAAAAGCUUUGCUGAUACAGGGCUUGGACCAAUACCAAGCGGCUGGAAAGGCGCGUGUGAAGCAGGCACCAAUUUUAAUUCAUCAAAUUGUAACCGAAAAUUGAUCGGUGCAAGGUACUUUGCUAAGGGGUACGAAGCUACAUUGGGUCCAAUUGAUGAGACCAAGGAAUCAAAAUCUCCUCGAGAUGAUGAUGGACAUGGUAGUCACACGGCGUCCACGGCUGCAGGGUCGGUGGUGGAAGGGGCUAGUUUGUUUGGGUACGCGGAAGGGACGGCCCGUGGGAUGGCCACGCGCGCUAGAGUUGCUAUUUACAAGGUUUGUUGGAUUGGUGGAUGUUUCAGUUCAGACAUCUUGGCUGCGAUGGAAAAGGCUAUUGAUGACAACGUUAAUGUACUCUCCAUGUCACUUGGUGGUGGCAUGUCGGAUUAUUACAGGGAUAGUGUUGCAAUUGGAGCUUUUGCUGCUAUGGAAAAGGGGAUAUUAGUUUCUUGUUCAGCUGGAAACGCUGGUCCAUCUCCUUAUAGUCUAUCAAACGUGGCUCCUUGGAUCACUACCGUUGGUGCAGGCACAUUAGAUCGUGAUUUCCCUGCUUAUGUGACGCUUGGAAACGGGAGAAAUUACUCGGGGGUGUCACUUUACCGGGGAAGUCCGUUGCCUGGAAAGUUGUUGCCAUUUGUUUAUGCUGGUAAUGCUAGCAAUGCUACCAACGGAAAUUUGUGUAUGAUGGGUACUUUGAUACCAGAAAAAGUUGCGGGCAAAAUUGUUCUUUGCGAUCGUGGAAUGAACGCCAGGGUUCAAAAAGGAGCUGUUGUUAAAGCAGCUGGUGCUGUAGGGAUGAUUUUGGCUAACACUGCUGCAAACGGUGAAGAGCUUGUAGCGGAUGCCCAUUUGCUUCCAGCAACUGCCGUGGGUCAAAAAUCUGGUGAUGCUAUAAAAGGUUACUUGUUUUCAAAUCCUAACCCAACUGUGACAAUUUUCUUUGAAGGAACCAAAGUGGGUAUUGAACCAUCACCCGUGGUGGCUGCGUUUAGCUCAAGAGGGCCUAAUUCGAUAACCCCGGAGAUAUUGAAGCCUGACUUCAUCGCCCCAGGUGUCAACAUUUUAGCUGGGUGGUCCGGGGCUGUAGGUCCAACCGGGUUGGUAACGGAUACCAGACGAGUCGAGUUUAACAUUAUUUCAGGAACUUCAAUGUCUUGCCCGCAUGUUAGUGGCCUUGCUGCGUUGCUCAAGGCAGCUCAUCCAGAUUGGAGUCCUGCAGCUAUCAGGUCAGCUCUCAUGACCACAGCUUAUACGGACUACAAAAACAAGGAGAAAAUGCAAGAUAUUGCUACUGGGAAAGCAUCCACCCCGUUUGAUCAUGGAGCUGGACAUGUUGAUCCUGUAUCAGCGCUUAAUCCCGGACUUGUCUAUGAUUUGACGGUUGAAGAUUACCUGGGUUUUCUUUGUGCCUUAAACUACAGUGAAUUUCAAAUUAGAUCCCUUGCAAGAAGAAAUUUAUCAUGUGAUGCUAGCAAGAAAUAUAGUGUUACUGAUCUCAACUACCCAUCCUUUUCCGUCAAUUUUGAUACCAUAACGGGUGGCUCAAGCGUGGUGAAGUACACUCGCACACUUACAAAUGUUGGCUCACCGGGAACCUACAAAGCGUCGAUAUCACCACAAACCCCGGGGGUUAAGAUAUCAAUUCAGCCAGAGACGUUGAGUUUCAGCCAAGCAAAUGAGAAGAAAUCGUAUACAGUCACGGUCACUGGGAGUUCACAGCCAUCAAAUACGUUCAGCUUUGCUCGUUUGGAAUGGUCUGAUGGGAAGUAUACUGUCGGCAGUCCUAUUGCAAUUAGCUGGACUUGAUAGGAGAGGAAAGGGGAUAGUUUAAAAUUAAUUUGCUUCUAAAACUCACUCUUAAAAAGAAGUGGGAGUGCAUUUGUUUAGUGUUUACUUUCCUAAUUCUUGCUGCGCUUAUAAUUGUUAUCCAGCUUAUAAUGGAAGCUGGGUCUAAGUACUUGAUCUUGUUCUCUGAGAGAGAAAACAAGAAAACCAGGAAAUUUUGGUUGUUUUCUUCUCAGUGUACAGCGUAUGGAUAUGCUUUCCCUAGUAAAUCAAGAAUUUCAUGGGUUUCUUGGUUUCA